AUGGCUGUACAAGUGUCGGUGCUGUCCCUAGUCCUCAGUCUAGCCCUGGGCCUGAUGCUGAGUGUCUGCAGGCCUGUGUGUGGCACCCCAGGGACAUUCCAGGACCUGGACUAUGGAGGGGUUCCUCUCUGGAUCAACCGUCUUCUGGGGGAACCCUCUGUAUUCAGCCUGAGGGGUCGAAUGGACCGGGCAUGGUACAGAGCCAACAACCCCCAGUCCUGCCCUGACCUGUGUGACUGUCCUAUCCAGUGGCCCUCAGCUCUGUACUGUGACCACAGAGACCUGGGAGAGCUGCCGGACAGCAUGCUUUACAAUACACAAUACCUGUUCCUGCAGGGCAACAACAUCUCGUCCCUGCCCUCAUCCUCUCUCACCAACUCCUCAGGACUCCGCUGGCUCAUCCUGGAUGAUAACCGUCUGCGGACGGACGGGCUGCAGACCUCCACGCUGCAGAACCUGACCCGGCUCCAAUACCUGUUCCUCAACCACAACAAGCUGACCGUCGUGCCCUCUGGCCUGCCCAGGAGCCUGCGGCAGCUCCGACUGGCUCACAACCUCAUCACCAGCAUCUCCCCAGGAACCUUUGGGAACUUACAUAAUCUUACAAUACUGCUACUGCAGGGGAAUAGGUUCAACGUGAUUACAGAGACUGACUUCACAGGCCUGGUGUCUCUUAACCUGUUGAACCUGAGCGAGAACCUCUUCUCCUCCUUCCCCUCCCACCUUCCUCCCUCCAUCCAGCAGCUCUACCUCUCCAACAACUCUCUGUCUGGCCUGGGGGAGGAAAGUCUACAGGGCUUCACUAAUCUCAGGUACCUGCGUCUGAGCCACUGUGGUCUAGUGAGCCCUUCCCUCCACCCCCAAUCCUUCAACCUGUCUUCCCUUGUGGAGCUGGAUCUCUCUUACAACAAGCUGACAACCAUCCCCCUGGUUCCCCUCACACUACAGUACCUAUACUUGGAGGCCAACCGCAUACAAGAGUUUAACAUCUCUAGUUUCUGUCGGGAGGUGGGUCCUCUGUCGUACUCCAGGAUGAGGAUCCUUCGUCUGGAGGGCAACAAGAUGUCCUAUCAUCUACUACCACCUGAAUGGGUCUACUGCCUCCGAGUCCUGCACCACAUAUACAUCUAA